UUUAAGACACAUCAGAGAGGACAGUAAUUGAAACCAAUGUACACAGCUUUUGGGGUUGUUACAAACUCAUAUCACUCUCUCCAUUCAAAAACCAAUGUACAUGAAAAUCUUCAUCUUCUUCAUCUCCAUCUUCUUCUUCUUCGCUCUCUCUCAUUCUCUUCCUCUCUCCACCACAUCACGAUGGAUCGUUGACGCCCCAUCAGGGCACCGUGUCAAACUAAUGUGCGUGAACUGGCCUGGACACCUGCACGCCAUGGUAGCCGAAGGCCUACACAAAAAACCACUCAAACACAUCGCGGCUUUCGUAGCUUCAAACGGGUUCAACUGCGUGCGACUCACGUGGGCAACAUACAUGUUCACGAGGGAUAACUAUACAAACAUCACAGUCUCGGAGUCUCUUGAUUCAUGGGGGUUGAAAGAGGCCAUGGCAGGGAUGGCUGAGAAUAACCCCGAGUUGUUGAAGAUGAGACUGAAUGAAGCACAGAGAGCUGUGGUUGAUGAGCUUGGAAAACAUGAAAUCAUGGUGGUUUUGGAUAAUCAUGUUAGUUUGCCUAAAUGGUGCUGUGAUGAGAAUGAUGGAAAUGGGUUCUUUGGGGAUGAGUAUUUUGAUCCCAGUGAAUGGUCGCAAGGCUUGUCCAUGGUUGCUAAGGAGUAUAAAGGCAUACCUACUGUGGUGGCUAUGAGCAUGCGAAACGAGCUACGUGGGCCACGCCAAAACGAGGACGAUUGGUACAAGUACAUCGAAAUGGGCGCAGAAGCGAUCCACAAAGAAAACCCAGAUGUGCUAGUGAUUAUCUCUGGGCUUUCAUUCGACACCAAUCUCAGCUUCUUAAAACAAAAGCCCUUGGGCCUGAACUUGGGCUCCAAGUUGGUCUAUGAGGCCCAUUGGUACUCAUUUGGUGACCCACUAGAGAAGUGGAUGCACCAAACAAACCAAUACUGUGCAAAUGUGACUCAAUGGUUCAUCGACAAGUCGGGUUUUUUGGUCACGGGUCCCAACCCGGUUCCUCUGUUUUUGAGUGAGUUUGGUUUUGAUGAGAGAGGUGCGAAUGAGAGAGAUAAUAGGUAUUUUAAUUGCUUGUUGGGCCUUUUGGCAGAGAGAGAUUUGGACUGGGCUUUGUGGACUUUGCAAGGAAGUUACAUGCUUAGGGAAGGCCAAGUUGGGAUGGAAGAGGUGUAUGGGGUGUUGGAUGCUAAUUGGGACCAGCUUAGAGAUUCAAAAAUACAAGAAAAGUUGGGACUUAUACAACAGAUUGCCCAAGAUCCAAGUUCAAACAACAAUCCAACAAACUAUGUAAUGUACCAUCCCCAAAGUGGCCAAUGUGCCCAAGUUGGCAAGGAUGACAUCUACACAAGCGAUUGCCGGAACCCAAGUCAAUGGAGCCACGACGGAGAUGGAAGUCCGAUCAAGCUAAAGGGUACUUCCUGGUGUCUAACAAUUUCUGGCAAUGGGCUCCCUGUGAUUCUCUCCAAUGAUUGCUCGAGCCAUCGGAGUAUUUGGGAAUUGGUUUCUAGCUCCAAGCUUCAUGUAGGUGCCAAAGAUGAACAAGGGACAUACUUGUGCUUAGAGUGGAGUAGAUCUUCCAAUUCCUCAGCAAUUCUAACAAAGAAGUGUCUUUGCUUGGAUGAUAAUGUUAAAGAUGUCCCUAGCUGUGAUGAUGACCCUCAAAUUCAAUGGUUUAAGCUUAUUCCAACUAAUAAAAAUUGAAAAUUGAGUCGGUUUUAAGACCCUUUUAUAUUUCUAUGUGUGAUGGUGUGCAAUAUGAAAUCUUCUG